AUGGAUGUAAUCAUCACCUUAAAAGCCGGUUUUGUGAGGUUGUGUAAGACCCAACCACAUCCUACUCAAAAUCCAGCUCCUCAUUACAUUCACUUGUGUUAUCAUCGUCUUUCCCCUUUGCAUUAUACUUGCUUGUCUCCUUUGUCUUAUGUUUCUUUACCUCCUGAAAAGUCAGUAGUAGGUUUCCGUUGGCUUUAUCUGGUGAAAGUUGUCCCUGGUGGGUUCACUCAUCUUAUUGUUUAUAUAGAUGUUAUUGGUAUAACUGGUAGUGAUCAACAAGGAAGACUUCAGUUAAAACAACAUCCUUCUAAUGAGUUUCAGACUAAGGACCUUGGUAAACUUAGUUACUUUUUGGGUAUUGAGAUAGCUCAAUCCAAGGAUGGUGUUGUAAUUUCACAAGGGAAAUAUGCUAUGAAUAUUCUUGAAGAAACAUGUCUAUUGAAUGCCAAGCCAAUUGAUACUCCUAUGGUGUGGACUAAUCAUGGUGAACAAAUGCCGCCUAUUAAUACUGGGUUCGAUGUGAAUACACAUGCUUCAUGUAGUGGAACACAUACAGAAAAUGUUGAACAGUUUGACAUGAUGGAUGAUAUGAUUAGUGACGCUCUUGGAGUGAACAUGUCUUAUGAUGAGCCCGUUGAAGAGGAGCUACCUCCGAACAAGAAAGCACAAGAUUUUUACAACCUGUUGGAAAAGAUAAAUGAACCGUUGUUUGAAGGAUCAAAUGACUCUAAAUUACCCAUGUGCGCGAGACUUUUAGCGGCCAAGUCAAAUUGGAAUGUACCUGAUAAGUGCUUGGAGCACUUCGUGAAAAUGCUUUUGGAUGCUACUCCCAUCAAAGACAAUCUUCCGAAAAGUUAUCACGAGGCCAAGAGAUUAGUGUCGAAAUUGGGGUUAGAAUCUAAAAGGAUUGAUUGUUGCAGUAAUGGGUGCAUGUUGUUCUACAACAAUGAAUUCGGUACUAAUGAUGGUGCACUAGAGGAGUGUAAAUUUUGCAAUGAACCGAGGUAUGUUGUUCGCAAUGAUGAUGUUCGCCGUAAUCACAAACGAAUCCCGGUUAAGUCAAUGUUUUACCUGCCAAUAUUACCAAGACUGCAGAGGUUGUAUGCAUCAAUGCAAACUGCUAGUCAAAUGACCUGGCAUUAUUCCAAUAAGUCAAAUCCACCCGUGAUGCGGCAUCCUUGUGACGGUGAGGCAUGGAAGCAUUUUGAUCGUGUUCAUCAUGAUUUUGCAUCAGAUCCACGAAAUGUGAGAUUGGGAUUAUGCUCUGAUGGCUUUACACCAUAUAUCCAAGCGUCGGCAACGCCUUAUUCUUGUUGGCCAAUUAUUUUUACCCCGUAUAACCUCCCUCCUGAGAUGUGUAUGUCAAAACCUUACAUGUUCUUGACUUGUCUUAUUCCGGGACCGUCGAGUCCACUUGAUGGCAUUGAUGUGUAUUUACAACCCUUGAUUGAUGAUCUGAAAAGGUUGUGGAUUGGUCAAUUGACGUAUGAUAUUGCAAAGAGGGAGAAUUUCAAUAUGAGGGCAGCUUUGAUGUGGACUAUCAACGACUUUCCUGCGUAUGGGAUGUUGUCUGGUUGGGGGACUCAUGGUAGACUUGCUUGCUUGUCUGGUUGA